AUGCUUUGUUACCCAUACAAUUCGAUUGUACAACUAUUCUGUGCUCGUUGGCGAAAGCCGAUGCCAAUUCGCGCGCCUCAUUUGGCGAAGGAAUCGGCCGCCGAUAGGUUAAAAAUCACCUUCCCCCCAGAAAAAAAAAAUAAUAAUAAUAAUAACAAUAAUAAAUUUAAUGCAUUUUUAGGGGCCGGAAUAGUUUGUAUGCCUUUCAUCCCUCUGGUUUUUCCCAGAAAGGAUACCCACACCCGCCGCCCAGGCAUCACAGCCGUAAGGAAUUCCUUGGUUGUUCCUCCUCUUUCGGGUGUCGCGGCGGGUUUUCCGACAGUUUGCGAAAAUAAAGGUCGGGGCUUUCGGCGAAGAAACUUCAAAAUUUGA